UAGUCUCUCGCUGAUUGGCUAAUACCGUUCACAUUACACAAGCUGUUUCGUAAAACAAAAAAAGUUGUAUAAGGUGUACCGUUUGGGCCAAAUGAUAUAGAAUUAGGAGCGAAGAGUGAACAACAGCAGAGUCUUGUUACACGGGUGGUGAAGCUGUCAGCGAUGCAACGUUCAGGUCUGCUGCUCCUCCUGGUUGGAUUCUGGCACCAGUCCCACACCCAGAGCUCAGAACCCAUGCUGCAGCUGGUGACACACACAGUGCUUCCUCCUGACAAGCUACACAAUCCAACACAGCUUAACUAUGGGAUGGCCGUGACGGAUGUGGAUGGUGACGGCGAUUUGGAAGUGGUGGUGGCAGGGUACAAUGGGCCCAACCUUGUUCUGAAGUACAACCACACGCAGAAAAGGCUGUUAAACAUUGCUGUUGAUGAUAGUAACUCUCCAUACUAUGCACUGAGGGACCCAGCAGGUAAUGCUAUAGGAGUAACCGCCUGUGAUGUGGAUGGAGACGGACGAGAGGAGAUCUACUUUCUCAACACCAACAAUGCCUACUCUGGACAGGCAUCUUAUUCAGACAAGCUCUUCAAGUUUCGAAAUGGCCGCUUCGAGGAUCUUUUAAGUGAGGAGCUUAACGUGCAUCGUGGAGUCGCUAAUCACAUGGCAGGACGUUCUGUGGCAUGUGUGGACAGGAAGGGUACAGGCCGCUAUUCAGUCUAUGUGGCCAACUACGCCAGAGGGAAUAUCGGUCGCCAUGUUCUGUUAGAAAUGGAUGAGGCUGCCAGUGAUGUGACUAAAGGGGUGAUCGCUCUCUCAGACGUAGCAGUUGAGGCUGGAGUCAAUAAAUUCACAGGUGGGCGCGGCGUGGUGGUUGGACCAAUCCUGAGCCAGGCAAGGUCUGAUGUUUUCUGUGAUAACGAGAAUGGACCCAACUUCCUCUUUAAGAAUAACGAAGACGGGACAUUCACUGAUGUGGCCAGACAAGCAGGUGUUGAGGACCGGUACCAGCAUGGCAGAGGAGUAGCGCUGGCUGACUUCAACGGCGAUGGGAAGACGGAUAUCGUUUAUGGCAACUGGAACGGCCCACACAGGCUAUACCUGCAGGGCAGCGACUCUAAAUUCCGUAAUGUUGCAACUGCAGAAUUUGCUGCUCCGUCUCCUAUCCGCACAGUCAUCGCUGCAGACUUUGAUAACGACAAGGCCUUGGAGGUGUUUUUUAACAAUAUUGCCUAUAGAGGCCAUGCUGCUAAUAGGCUGUUCAGGGUUUCCAGAAGAGCUGAUGCAGAUCCAUUGAUUGAAGAACUCAAUGUUGGAGAUGCUGCAGAGCCCGAGGGGCGAGGAACAGGUGGCACCGUAACAGAUUUGGAUGGUGAUGGACAGCUGGACCUGCUGUUGGCUCAUGGAGAGAGCGCCCAGCAGCCGAUCUCUGUCUUCAAAGUCAAACAGGGCUCCUCCAAUAACUGGCUGCGAGUCAUCCCUCGGACCCAGUUUGGCUCCUUUGCUCGCGGCGCCAAGGUGACAGCCUUCACCCGCCACAGCGGAGCCCACUCGCGUGUCAUUGACGGAGGUUCUGGGUACUUGUGUGAGAUGGAGCCUGUUGCACACUUUGGUUUAGGGAGUGAUGAGGUGAAGGUGCUGGAGGUGUCCUGGCCAGAUGGUCGGUCCAUCACACGAAUCCUUCAACCUGGGGAAAUGAACUCAGUGGUGGAGGUUGCGUAUCCUAAACAAGGGGAGACGUCCAUGCUCGCCAGUGAUGCACAGUGUGGUGACGGUUUUACUGUCAGCAAUGGCCGCUGUGCAGAUCUUUGAGGAUAAUUGUGCCGAAAGAAGUACAGUUGCUGCUGAUCGUAGCUACAUAAAACGUGGUCUUAAACGUACUUUUUGUCUGCACUUUAACACAGGUUGUUGUUUACUCUGAGUAGUUUUAAUAUCUGUAUUCUGAAUAAUAUUAUUUUAUUUUUAACCAUUACUUUUCAUCGAUCCUCUUGCCUCUAAUGCUGUUUAAGUGCCAUCCUAUUGUACCUGUCAAAAAUAAACGGUUAAAAUCAUCA